CAGUGGGCAGGAUUAUACAGUUUAUGAACUUGUCAUACUGUUCACAUUUGUGCCCAGUCGUUUACAUGGACCAUAUGUUUGGAUCAGAACAGCCAAAGCAUGAAGAAACUUAUUUUGUUGUUGUCAUUAUUUCAGAUGUCAUGCGGCUAUGAAACAGGUUCUCACUCCUUAUGGAUGAAGUCAACAUACAUCAAAGGAAGAACUCCAUUUCCAGAAUUCUCAGCAUAUAUGAUGUUGGAUGAUAUUGUGUUUGGGUACUAUGAUUCCAAUAAACACAAAUUAUUAUACACAUUCAUUCAUAAAGCCUUAAACAGCAGUGUUGAUGAAGAUGAAAUGGAUUAUGUUGGAUCCAUUAUUGGAUAUGUACAUGGACGCCUGAAAGAUCGAGCAUCUUAUCUGAGCAAGUAUUUCAACCACACAAAUGAGAUUUACACUUAUCAGAGAGCUGCUGGAUGUGAACUACUGCGCGACGAUAAACCAGGAUUGAUGAUUAGUACAGAUGCUUACAAUGGAGAGACUGUUGAAGGAAAGUAUUUUGAUGUAGAUCAUGAAACUCUUCACUUUAACCGGAAGUGGACAAACAGUGAGAGUGCAUUAUGGACUCCAAAGUUGAAUGGCCCUUCUAUGUACAAAUUUGUAUAUCAACCCAACUGUAUCAAAUUUCUCAAAAAGCAUCUAGCCAAAGAUAGGAAUCGAGUGCUGAAAAAAGUGAAGCCCAGAGUCAGGCUCCUCCAGAGUGAAAAGAAGGGCUCAACUGGUGUUCUGUUGACCUGUCUGGCCACUGGAUUCUACCCCCGUCACAUCAACCUGACCCUGCUCAGAGACGGCCAGUCUGUGUCUGACCACCAGAUCACUGGGGGGGAGCUGCUACCUAAUGGAGAUGAGACGUACCAGAUGAGGAAGAGCCUGGAGGUCAGCGCAGAGGAACUACAGCAUCACCACUACACCUGCACAGUUGAACACCUCAGCCUGGACAACAAGCUGGACAUUGAUUUGGAGGGUGAUUGGGACUUGGGAACUACGGCCAUCGCAUCCUCUACACUGGUGGCUGUGUGUGUGUGCUGCCUGGUAGGAGCCAUCGGCUUCUUUAUCAGAAAGAAAACAACGAAAGAUAAGGACUCCCAGACUGCUGUGUCGAGUAACUACUCAGCUGCCUCAAGCACAGAUGAUUCAGAGAAGGCUGAAGAAGUCUACCCAUUGAACUCAGUUUGCCCACCCAUGUGAUGGUGUUUGUUUGGAUUUGUUUAGUGUUCUCCCUGUUUAUAGCUCUGGCUCCACCUGCUGUCUGAUCAAGGUAUGACAGUGGAUCACCUGCAUCACAACUGUGUCCUCUCUGUUCCCAUGGUAACAUACUGAACUGCUACACCUUGCUACGCGCAGUGAUUGUGCUGCAUGCUGAAGAGGAUAGUCAGUGUUCAGUUGCUAAUUCAUAAUGUGAAAUGUUUGUGAAAUUUAAAAUCGUGUGCAAAAGCAAACAUUUGCAUAUAGCAAUCUGAAUAUGCUUGUAUAUGCAUUGCGUAAGCUACUAAAUAUUAUCCUAUAUUAGUCCUAUAUUAUUUUCUGUUCAAAAACAAAAUUAUCAGUUUUUAAAAAAGAUAUAUAUUUUACAAUUAUGUCAUGAAGCAGAUGUAUGCAUAUCAAAAUGUGAUGCAUAUUAUUGAGUGUGCAUUUGUACAGCUGCAAUAUCAUGUUUAUUGUUUUACACGGCUUACACUGUUUACUGUUUUAUUUUACACAGCUUUGUUCAAAAUCCAUUAAAGGAAAUGGGAUCAUUUUCA